UAGCUCUCUGCAGCCUCGGCUUCCGCCUUACGUUUUAAUAAAGGCUCGCAGGCACUGCAGCAGGAUUCAAACCCUCCACUGCAGAGGACUGACCCGCUGUGUGAGCAUAGGACUGACCGGGUGUCAGCGUCACAGACCGGGAUGGACAAGUGGCUGAUGUUGGCUGUGUCUCUGACUCUGGUCCUGGAUCAGGUGAACUGCAGGAGAGUCACUAAGGCUCAGAUUCUGGGUUUCGACUGGAAGAACUGUGGGAAGCCCGACGAUCCGGCGGUUCUGAACAAUCUGACCGUGUCCCCGGACCCCAUCACCAUCCCAGGAGACCUGACGGCCUCGGCCUCCGGAGCCACCACCGUGGAGCUGGCCACUCCUCUGUCUGUGACUGUGACCAUGGAGAAGGAGGUGGCCGGCUUCUGGGUGAAGAUUCCCUGUGUGGAGGAGAUCGGCAGCUGUCACUACCCGGACAUCUGUGAUAUUCUGAGCCAGCUGAUCCCACCGGGUCAGGACUGUCCGGAGCCGCUGCACACGUACGGACUCCCCUGCCGCUGCCCCUUCAAAGCCGGCUCGUACUCUCUCCCCCAGUCCGACUUCUCCCUGCCCCACGUGGACCUGCCGUACUGGCUGACCAACGGGGACUACCGUGUGCAGGGCGUCCUGGGCAGCAAGGGGGGGGAGCUGGGCUGCCUCAAGCUGGCUCUGUCCCUUCACUCCACCUGAACAACAACACGGACCGACACAAGGUUUUUCUUUGUGUGUUUAUUUGCAUGCACAAAAAGAACAUUUGGAAGUGAAAGCAGAAGUUGCACAAAGUCCUGAAACUGGUUUAACAAUACACCAAACACGUGUUAUACAUUAACCUGCAGAAUAACAAGCGUUUGUAAAGUCCAACCACGACAAAUAUGGUACGGAGAUAAUUUUUUUAUGCACAAAAACUAGUUUCUCCUGUUUUUUUACAAUCAUCUGAGCCAUCAAACAUUCAAUUAACCAGUAACAGCUUCAUGUACCUGCUACAGACAAAGAUCCAUUCAGCACCUGAACUUUAAAAUCACGUUUCUAAAGCUCAGAAAACAAUUAGUAUUUCAUGUUUUCUUCAGUUCUCCAAGAAAUAAAAACUGGAGCUGAUUCAAAGUGACGGAACUUUUAAAAUAUUUUAGAGUCAACAUGAAACCAAAGCUCAGAGGAAUCUAAAGGUUUCUGUCUGAUCUGUCUUUUGCACUGGAAGAAUUAUCUCUUAUGCCAAACACUGAGAAUAAUAUUUUAAUUUCAACUCUCCAGGUAUGAGCCUUAUAAAUUAAUACUUUUCAAAAUGCCCAAUACCUAGUUCAUAUAGUAGUAUAUCUAAACAUUUCAAUGGAUAUUUAGAUUUUUAUAUUCUGAUCAGAGUGAGAAACAUAAAAUGAGAAAAAGGAAAUCGUCAUUAGCCCAGAAAGGUCGAGAGGAAUUGAAAAGUUGUAGAAAUUAAAACUGAGAAGUUUGAACAAGUAACAAAAAGUGAGAGGGAACCAAAACACCAACAUUUAUCCAAAGAUGAAAUGUUUGUCCUCUUCUGGAUUUGAAACCUCUUGGUUUUAUUCUGUGAAGUCGCAGUUUCACAUCCUCGUUUUCAGAUCCUCUUCGUCCGGCUCAUUUAUAUCUGUGGUUAGAAAGUUAGAAGUUUCUGAUCCUGCUUGAUUCUUUGACCUCAACAUGAUUUGAAUGAUCCGUCACUGCAGUAACAUGCGAUACUGAGGUACGACCAGGAGAGGGCGAUCUUCUCAUGUCUGCUGCAGCUCAGUCACAUUAAAUCAAACUUUUAAUUCUUCACUCUCACUUUUCACUGUGAACAAACAGAACAAAAACAUUUAUUUGAAAUAACGAACUUCCUCAGAAUUCAAAUGUGUCAAAGUGUUUUUUUAAACAUUGAUUUUCUCGCUGAAAAACUUUUAAUUUGUCCUUUUUUAUCUUAAGGAAAAUCAAACGUCGUAGUUGUGUGUUUUUUUUGUGAUUACAUUUUAUUUGAAUGUGUUUGAGUUUUGGAAUUUGAGAUUUCCUUUCUAUUUCCUUUUGUACUGAGCGCCUGGUGCGAUGCUGUCGUCCAUUUCAGUGCAGCUUUACAGAUUCUUUGCUAGAGAAUAAAAUGAUGAGUUAAAGUUUAUUUUUUAGUUAAUUAUGAUUUUAAAUCACUUGUUUUUCUACUGUGCUGAUGGCAAAUUAUAUACAGAUUUUAAUAAACUCAAUGAAAGAA